AUGCUGUCCAAGAGUCACUACAUUCUUAUCUGAGCUGGGAGAUUGCGAUUUAUCCACAUCCCGGUGGGUUAGCUGGGAGGCAGGGAGGGACACAGCUCGGUCUGAGGGGCAGAUAUAAAGCUGCCGUCGAGUGGAUUUGCCUCUGCUCUCCUCUGUGGUUCUCUCAUCGCCUUUGCUGUAACUAGGAGCCAUUUGAGUGGCUUCUAACAUGGACAACAUUUACAAGGCAGCGGUUGAGCAGCUGACAGAGGAACAGAAAAGUGAGUUCAGGGCUGCCUUUGACAUCUUUGUACAGGAUGCAGAGGACGGCUGUAUCAGCACAAAGGAACUGGGGAAGGUCAUGAGGAUGCUCGGCCAGAAUCCAACCCCGGAGGAGCUACAGGAAAUGAUAGAUGAGGUGGAUGAAGAUGGGAGUGGAACAGUGGAUUUUGAUGAAUUCUUAGUCAUGAUGGUCAGGUGUAUGAAAGAUGACAGCAAAGGCAAAUCAGAAGAAGAACUUGCAGAACUCUUCCGAAUGUUUGAUAAAAACGCAGAUGGCUACAUCGACUUUGAAGAAUUAAAGAUAAUGCUGGAAGCCACAGGGGAAGCCAUUACUGAAGAUGACAUAGAAGAACUGAUGAAAGAUGGAGACAAAAACAAUGAUGGAAAGAUCGAUUACGACGAAUUCCUGGAAUUCAUGAAAGGAGUGGAGUAAAUAUCACAAGGCCAACAUGAAAAUGUUAUUUCUUCAAGUCCCUUGCUGUGAUUUCUGUGUGUUCUUGUACCCGAUUGGCAUGGCAUGAAGCUACCGAACUGACUAGAGAGGCCAACGCUGAUCUUUUCUCUCCUGAGCGGAGAGGACAUCCUCUUCCGUGUGAACUGAAGGAAAAGGAUUCUGUAUUUUUUGUUUGUUCUGGUAAUGUAAAUACAGUAAAUGAGACGUGAAACAAUAUUUUCAAUUUCUGGAAUAUAAUAUCUUUUUGGGAUUUUAAUAAAAGUUAAUGUCAAAAAUA